UGCUCUUCCCACCGCAGCCACGAUGGGCAGCGCCGACGGGUUCCAGUACCGCGCCCUCUACCCCUACCGCAAGGAGCGCGAGGAGGACAUUGACCUGCUCCCCGGGGACGUCCUGGUCGUGAGCAGAGGGGCCCUGCAGGCCCUGGGCUUCAAGGACGGGGACGAGCAGAUGCCCAAGCAGAUCGGGUGGAUCUUGGGGGUGAACGAGCGCACCAAGCAGAAGGGCGACUUCCCCGGCACCUACGUGGAGUACGUGGGGCCGGUCAAGAUCUCCCUGCCCUCCCACAGGCCCCGAGUGCAGAGGCCUCUGCCGGCUACACCAGGGGCCGGCGCGUCCCGCCUGCCGGAGCCGCUGGAGCAAGUCUCUCUCCUCCCGGACCUGACGGAGCAGUUCUCCCCGCCGGACAUCGCGCCCCCACUGCUGGCCAGGCUCGUGGAAGCCAUUGAGAGGAAAGGUUUGGACAGUGAGAUGCUGUACCGGACGUCUGGUUCGGAGCCGCGACAAGCGCUGAAAACGGAUGGGGUGCUGGGCGACCUGGAGCUGCUGGACGGGCGCAGCCUGGGCGAGGCGCUGCGGAGCUACCUGCAGGACUUGCCCACCCCCGUGGUGCCGGCAUGCGUGCAUGGUGACAUCCUCCGUGUGCUGCAAGAGAUCCCCCAGCUCGAGACCUGCCGGAAGCAGCUGCUGCUGGUGCUGGAGCCUCCCGCGGUCCCGCUGCAGAACAUGCUCACCCUGCAGUUCCUGCUCCGGCACCUGGCGAAGGUGUCCCAGCAGGCUGACAGCAAUGGCCUCCAUCCGCGGGUCCUGGGUGAGCUUUUUGGCCCGCUGCUGCUCCGGCUGCCCAGUGUCAGCUCAGAGCUGAGCCCUGACUUCUCUGCCGUGUUCCUGGAGAGGCUUCUGCAAGCGACGGAGUUGGAGCCGGAGCGGCUGCCCCCAGCCCUGCCUCCGAAGCCGCCGAAGCCAAAGCCUGGUGUGGCCGGUCUGGCCAAUGGCAGCAGCGCAACCCUGCAGGAGGCCGAGUGGUACUGGGGCGACAUCUCCAGGGAGGAGGUGAACGAGAAGCUGCGGGACAUGCCAGAUGGCACCUUCCUGGUCCGCGACGCCUCCAGCAAGAUCCAGGGCGAGUACACACUCACGCUUAGGAAAGGUGGCAACAACAAACUGAUCAAGAUCUUCCACCGGGAGGGGAGGUACGGCUUCUCUGAGCCGCUCACCUUCGGCUCGGUGGUGGAGCUCAUCACUCAUUACCGGCACGAGUCGCUGGCGCAGUACAACGCCAAGCUGGACACCAGACUGCUCUACCCCAUCUCCAAGUACCAGCAGGACCAAGUGGUGAAGGAGGACAGCGUGGAGGCAGUUGGGGAGCAGCUGAAGGUCUAUCACCAGCAGUACCAGGAUAAGAGCCGCGAGUAUGACCUGCUGUAUGAGGAGUACACACGCACCUCGCAGGAGCUGCAGAUGAAGCGGACGGCGAUCGAGGCCUUCAACGAAACCAUCAAGAUCUUUGAGGAGCAGUGCCAGACUCAGGAGAAAUGCAGCAAGGAGUACAUUGAGCGCUUUCGGCGCGAGGGCAAUGAGAAGGAGGUGCAGCGCAUCCUGAUGAACUCGGAGAAGCUGAAGUCACGCAUCACAGAGAUCCACGACAGCAAGAUGAAGCUGGAGCAGGACCUGAAGAAGCAGGCGGUGGAGAACCGUGAGAUCGACAAGCGCAUGAACAGCCUCAAGCCCGAUCUCCUGCAGCUGCGCAAGCUUCGUGACCAGUACCUGGUGUGGCUGACGCAGAAGGGGGCCCGGCAGAAGAAGAUCAACGAGUGGCUGGGCAUCAAGAACGAGACCGAGGACCUGUACUCCAUGAUGGAUGACGAGGAGGAGCUGCCGCACCACGAGGAGCGGACGUGGUACGUGGGCAAGAUCAACCGGGUGCAGGCGGAGGAGAUGCUGUGCGGCAAGCGCGACGGCACCUUCCUCAUCCGCGAGAGCAGCCAGAAGGGCUGCUACGCCUGCUCUGUGGUGGUGGAUGGGGACACCAAGCACUGUGUCAUCUACAAGACAGCGACCGGCUUCGGCUUUGCGGAGCCCUACAACCUCUACGCCUCCCUCAAGGACCUGGUCCUGCACUACAAGCACACGUCGCUGGUGCAGCACAAUGACUCCCUGAACGUCACCCUGGCCCACCCUGUCCUUGCCCCCCCGCCAGCCAGAUGAGUUGCCCACUACGGCCCUCCCGGCCCUGGACUUUCACACCCUGGACAGAUGGCCUGUCGUGCUCCGUGACCCCUUCCCAGCGCCCCUUCCGGUCAGCAGCUGCCCCCCGCUGCAUGUGGGCAGACGGGCUGUCGGCUUGGGGAGCCCCAUCGCCUGUCGGAGCUCGCCGAGGCCUGUGGACAGGAUCGUGCUGCGAUGAGCUGCUUGCUC